UUCCAAACGCACGCUUGCACCUUCGCCCAGGCCUGUGAACUGGAAUUUCUCCUGGACCGGGGGAAGACUCGAGCCACACAACUUCCGGUAUUGAUAGCAUGAUUGAACCUCGCCUAUUCGGUGCUGACUGAUGGCAUAUACUUAUCUGAUGAGCAUGCUUAUACUUACAGCGCUGGCGUUGCGCCAGUCAAUUUGGUGCUCCUGCCUACCACUGCGAAGUGGUAGUGUUACGAAUUUGACGCCCAUUGUGAUCGUUCACUUUUGGUAUGCAUUAAGCCUCCAGCUGCACUCGUCUUCGUACCUGCACCUCGAUAACCACCAGGUAAGCCUCACCAAAACUUUCAGCCGUGCAAUGUGUUUGGAAUACUAGACUGCAGUGUCUGGACUCUGAAUCUUCUGACUAGUUCUUUG